AUGGCUAUUGGCUUGCCAGGUAACCUUGCUAAGCAAAUCCUUCGAAGAUCAGGCUCUAGCUCGAGCAAAUUGUCUUCUUCGAGAAAAUCGUCAUCAUCAUCAAGGUUUUCAGAUGUGCCAAAGGGAUACUUGGCAGUAUAUGUGGGAGAGUCACAGAGGAAGCGGUUUAUAGUACCAGUGUUGUAUUUGAGCCAGCCUUCAUUUCAAGAACUGCUGAGUAUGGCUAAAGAGGAGUUUGGUUUUGAUCAUCCAAUGGGUGGUUUGACAAGUACAUGCCGGGAAGAAACUUUCAUUUCUGUCAUUUUAAACCUGAAUUCACAGAGACUUGCAACUGAAGAAAUGGACAUGUUGAACCACAACUUUUGUAUAGGUAGAUGA